AUGGAACUCGAGAAAAUCACCACCGCGCCCAAAGCAACAGACUUCACCGCCCUCUCCGAACACGAAGAGCAAACCCCCUCCUCCUUCUUCGGCGCCAAACCCGUCCUCCACCUCCCCGCAACCGCGAACCUCAGAAUCUCCCCGACAGACCUCGAAUCGCAACCCGCCCUCUCCGCCCUUCUUCCCACCUCUACCACCACCUCUACCACAGAAGAUGACCUCACCAUCGAAGACAUCUCCGUCUGGGUAUCUUCCCACCACCUCACCCUCUUCUCCCCCACCACCGCCUCCGGCGCACGCAUCCCCUACCCCGCCAUCGUAAUCCACGCGCAAGAAGGCUCCGCCGUGCUGCUGGGACUCAACCUCUCUGACUCCAACACGGCCGAUGAAGAUAUGGUGUUCAUCCAGCUGCGGCUUAUCCCUACUUCCGUGAGCGUGCAGCUGGAGGAGGAUAGUACGGCGCUGAAUGGAGAAGCGACGACGACGCCGGUGCAGAAGCUUUUCAAGGCGAUCUCGGAGUGUCAGGAGUUGAACCCUGAUCCGGUGGAGGAGGGGGAUGAGGAUGGGGAGGGUGGGUUUGAUGAGACGGCGCCCGGGGCGACGGGGUGGAUUACGAGUGAGAAUAUGCAUGAGUUUGUCGGGGAGGAUGGGGAGUUGAGGAUGCCGGAGGGGGUAGCGGUGAUCGGGGGUGAGGAGGAGGAUGAGCCGCUGGGGGAGGGGGCGGGGAGGACGAGAAGGGCGGAGGAGGUGGACGGGGUGGAUGGGGAGGAGGCGAAGUGGCAGCGGACGGGGUGA